AUGGGCAAAGCAAAGACGGCCAGGAAGGCUGGGUCAGCAGCCUCCAGCCCGUACGACCGCCCCUCCAAAUCGGCCUCGGCCCAGAAGAACAAUAUCUUCAAGUUCAACACCAAUGUUGGCCAGCAUAUUCUCAAAAACCCCGGUGUUGCCGACGCCAUCGUACAAAAAGCAGACCUCAAACCCACAGACGUCGUCCUCGAAGUCGGUCCCGGUAGCGGAAACAUUACCGUCAGGAUAUUACAACAGGCGCGCAAAGUCAUCGCCUGCGAGCUGGAUCCCAGGAUGGCGGCCGAAGUCACAAAGCGCGUGCAGGGCACGCCCAUGCAGAAGAAGCUCGAGGUGCUGCUAGGGGAUGCCAUCAAAACCGAAUUCCCACCCUUCGACGUCUGCAUCAGCAACACUCCCUACCAGAUCUCCUCGCCACUCGUCUUCAAGCUCCUCUCCAUGCCCAACCCGCCCCGCACGUCCAUACUCAUGUUCCAGCGCGAGUUCGCCCUCCGCCUCACCGCCCGCCCCGGGGACGCCCUCUACUGCCGCCUCAGCGUCAACGUCCAGUUCUACGCCACCGUCAGCCACGUCAUGAAGGUCGGCCGCUCCAACUUCAAGCCCCCGCCCCAGGUCGAGUCCAGCGUCGUGAGAAUAUGCCCCAAGACCGGCGCCGACAAGCCCAAGGUCAGCUUCGACGAGUUCGACGGCAUGCUGCGCAUCUGCUUCAACCGCAAGAACAAGAUCAUGAGGGCCGCCUGGCUCGGCAGCAAGGAGGUCCUGAGCAUGAUCGAGCGCAACUACCGCGUCUACUGCGCCAUGAACAACAUCCCCAUCGACGAUAGCGUCGUCGACGACGAGAACGGCGUGGACGAGGACGAGGACAUGGAGGUCGACGGCCAGGAUGCCAAGGGCAAUGGCGACGAGUGGGGGGGCUUUGAUAUGGAUGUCGAGGAGGGGGACGACGACACGCCGGCCUUCUUCAAGGAGCUCAAGGCUGCCAACGAGUCUAUGCCCAAGACGCCGAGCAAAAGGAAGAAGACGAGGCUAGCCCAGCUCAUCAGGAGCAAGAUCGAGAAGGUCCUCGAAGAGACCGAGCUGGUCGACAAGCGUGCGCGGCAGUGUGACGAGAACGACUUCUUGAGGUUGCUAUUUGCCCUCAACUCGGAGGGCAUUCACUUCGGAUGA